AUGCUUGAUAGAAUUGUGAACUACCUAAUUAUUGUAUGCUUAUUUCAACAGUUGCAGGCUGUGAAAUUUUGGACACGCUCUGCCCGUUGUGACACUCAGGAUCCAGAAGCCGCCAGAUUCGACUUGUGUCAAUUAACGCCUGACAGUGUUCAUGUUCCAAGAUUGUUCGUCACUAUUCGUCUUCUAAAGGUUCCGGUUACGUCAAUCAAAAUGGGAAUAAUGAUAGGUUUUGCAAGCAUUCAGAGUAUGCCCUUAAUCGAUAACACAUGGGAUUUAUGUGCUUAUCUGGCCGAGCCGAAAAGGUUUAAGUCAUUUGGACGUUUAUUUGAAUACCUAGCCCCCUUCAGCAAUAUCAAUCACACAUGUCCCUAUAAUCACGAUAUAUAUGUGACAAAUUUUACAAUAACACGCCGAGCCAUCAUGCCUUUGCCAAAUGGACGCUAUGCCAUUAACACCACUUAUGUCUUGAACAAAAAAUCUCAGAUUUCUGCAAAUUUUACUUUUGAUUUGGAGAAUUGA